AUGAAACUGUCUAUUGUUUUGACCCUGGCGACCUUGCCCAGCGCUCUGGCAUCGUCGGCAUCGUCAGGCUACAAGCGCACCCCGGUAGGCCAAUACGUCUCUGCUGGGUGCAAGCAUGCCACCGAGGCCAAGGCAGCUUUCUGUAAAAAAUCGCAUCCCAAGCGCUUCGAAUGCCAAUGCACAAACGAAAAUGCGCUUGCAUCGCUAGUGUAUUGUGCAUACAAGGAAACAGAACACGAUCCCAAGGAAAGGCAUUCGUUUGAAGAGAGCUUCAUCGAAACAUGCAAGGGCAAGGUUACCCAAGAAGGUAUCGAAGCAGCUUACAAUCGCGCACUCAAAAAGAUAGUGUCCGUCAAAGAUAUCCCGAACUUCAAUAAGACUAUCCCUGUGAAGGUGCCUGUCAAACACGACCACGCUGCAUAUGUGUCCGGUUAUCGCACAAAGAGAUCGCGGUCGCGCAAUAAGGACGAUGCCCUAGAGAUGUCCUUCGUCCUUUUGUGUUUCUGGGGCUUGGUGACCGUCUUAAGCGGGCUAGCACAUGUAUCGCGGAGGAUGGCACCCAGACUAUGGAUGUCGGCAAGCCGUUCCUUGAACAGCGUCACUGCGUUUAGGAAGUUGCGCCAAUACGUUACCAUGCCAGCCACUCACAGGGGCAAACACACGGAGAAGUAUGGAUUCCUCGGAUUCAUGCCCACGCGCCUAGAAUCUGUCAUCAUAUUUAUCUUUGUGACUCUCAGUGUUGUCUUUCAUGCUGUUCGUUACGAGUACGUCUAUCCAAAUACCGUUUACAAGACCAGACAUGCUCAAAUGGGUAGACUUGUUGGCGACAGAUCGGGCAUGUUGGCAAAUUGCUUGUUUGUCUUGACCUGGCUAUUCGCUAGUCGGAACAGUAUUAUACUUGCCUUCACUGGCUGGAAGCAAUCCACGAUGCUCACUUACCACAAAGCUAUCGCUCGGACGGCGAUCGCAUCGACCCUGGUGCAUACCAUUUCCAUGCUUGUGCACACCUUGGACUUGGGACGCUCAAAGUACACCACGCGCUCGCAAACAGGCUGGUGGAGAUGGGGCUCCGUGGCCACGGUAGCUGCCUGUGUCAUUUUAAUUCAAGCGCAGUCUUGGUUCAGAAUGUACUCCUAUGAGAUCUUCUUGUAUCUUCACAUUCUUCUGGCAGUCUUUGUCCUUGCAGGAGCAUGGAUGCACACGGCCUGGUUCAGCGACGAGCAGUGGUACUUUGCGUGUGCUGCACUCUGGUGUUUUGAUAGAUUUAUCAGACUGGUUCGCAUGGGUUAUUUCGGUUUCAGGACUGCCCACGCACGUGUCCUAUCAGCGGAGAAUGGCAUUUUCGAAUUGGUCGUUCCGAAGCACAAGGCAUGGAUCGCCUUCCCGGGUUCCGUUGCGUAUGUCUAUUUCUUGGGCACGCCGCUAUUCUGGCAGUCACAUCCCUUCACCAUUGCACCUGCCGAGGACGGAAAGCUUCGGUUUGUCAUUAAAGCCAAGCGCGGCGCUACUGCACAUAUUCUACGUCGGCUGCUGGCGUCCCCCGACCAGUCGGCGUCUUUCCGCGUCUGUGUUGAGGGGCCCUACGGCAACUACGCCCCCAUAAAGCACUACGAUCAUUUGUUGCUGUACGCGGGUGGCUCGGGUAUCCCCGGACCUCUCUGCUACGCCAAGCAUCUCGGCGAGCUCGGCCUUUCCUCCCGCGUGCCGUUCGUCAAGCUUUACUGGGUUGUGCGCCACGCCGCAGACCUCGACUGGUACAAGGACGACUUAACAGCCUUGGCGCGGUACUCCAACAUCCAGCCCAUUGUAUACAUCACACGCCCAGACUCCGCGUCCCCACUCAAGGCCGAGGCAGACUCGCUUUCCGACGACGACAGCGAGGGCCGUGCAUGCUCUCCGCAAAAGGAAGGCUCCCUCACAGAGGUCACCACUUCUCUGCUGUACUCCAAGCAGUUCGCCCACGUGGAGUUCCGCUACAACCGCCCGGACACCUCCCAGCUCAUCGCCGGGGACAUGGCCGACCUCGCGGGUGCGUCAGUUGCCGUUAUGUCCUGCGCAAGCCCCAACAUGGUCGACGACAUCCGCGCUGCCGUUGCUCUCGCUGCUGGUUCGUACAAAUCCAGCACUAUAGACUACUACGAGGAGCUCCAGGUCUGGUGA